UCUAAAUCUUUAAGGUUGUCUUUAAGAGUUUGCACAUAACAGUCAUUAGUGCUUUUCCUUCCUCAAAAGAGGCUUUCUCUAAUUUACUACAAAUUUGUGUUAUUUUCUUCUUCAUUUUAAAUUUUAAAAUAUAUUUCAAUGGAGGCUGCAUCAGAUUUUUUUUGCUGGUUUGAGAAAUUGGUUAACAGUGUAAGUUUAAAUUAAAUGGGAUUUUUAAACUGCAGGAACCCUGCAUGGUCAAGUUGUAAAAGAUGGAAGGGAUAUUGUAAGUGUCAGCUAUCACUAUAUGAGGGUGUUAUUAAUUGCUUCUGAAUUUGAGACAAUUCACUUUCAGUCACUCAGUCUGGUAUUGUGUUGUUUCUUUUAUUUGUUCUGUGAUUUGCUUCAGAAUUUUGGAUUGUAGUCUUCAAACAGCUUCCUGACAUGAGAGUCAAUCAAAUGCAUUUUUUCACUUAGUGAUUCAGAUAUUACUGAUUUCACACUGUUCAAAACAGCUAUCCGUAGUAGUAAGGUUCAAGUUUUAACUGAUAUUGAAUUCUUUAUUAGUCAAGAAGUGUAGAUAUUGGCCAUUUUGUUUCAUUUGGCUGCUUAUGGAGCUGAUCUGUAUAUCGGUAUGUAAAUGUACAAAUAAAGUAAUAUGAAAGUGGCUAACAUCCAUCCAUCUUACCACAUGGGUAUGUUGUUCAAGGAUCCAAUGGUGAAUAUGCAUAUAUGAGAGCUGAAGAAAAGAUUGAUUUAGUUCAUAAAGUGAGAGAACUAGCACCCAAAGGCAAACUUAUUUUGGCAGGAUCAGGUUGUGAAGCUACAAGGGAUACCAUAGAGAUGACAAAUAAAAUGGCUGAGGCAGGUGCUGAUGCAGCACUUGUUGUGACACCUUGUUUCUAUAAGAGUGGUAUGACUGCAGAAGCUCUUGAGAAACACUUCACUAAGGUCGCAGACAGUUCACCAAUACCAGUUAUACUGUACAGUGUGCCAGCAAACACAGGAAUUGACUUACCCGCCGAAUGCAUUAUUAAGUUAUCAUCUCACCCAAACAUUAUUGCUCUAAAGGACAGUGGAGGAGAUAUCACCAAGAUUGGUUACGUGAUCCACAAGACUGCUGGAAACAAUUUUCAAGUAUUGGCUGGAUCAGCCAGCUUUCUUUUGGCUUCCUAUUGUCUUGGUGCCGUUGGAGGCGUGUGUGCUCUCGCAAACGUUUUGGGAAGAGAAGUUUGCAAGCUACAUGAAAUGCACAAACAUGGAAAAAUGGAAGAAGCUAAGCUUCUGCAGCACAAAUUAAUUCUCCCAAACACAGCGGUAACCAAGACAUAUGGUGUUCCAGGACUGAAGAAAUCCAUGGAGUUUUUUGGCCUCUACGGAGGACCCACGAGAUCUCCGCUCCUACCUCUGAAAGAUUCUCAAGAAGCUGAACUAAGAGACAUUUUCAAACUGUUUGGAGGAUACCAGGCAUAGAGAAGAAUUUAUUAACCUUCAAACCCCUAAGAGUGAUUAGAAUCUUAUUUCUCCUUACACUAUCAACGUUGAAUCAAACAUUAGGGCCAUGAGAACAAGGAAAAUGAUCACCCACCAGUGAAGCUCUUGAUUUUUGAACAAAUUUUCCAUUUCAGUGCCAUAGGAAAUGUAAAGAGAACAGUGUGGAGGAUAUGGAUACCUAUCCGAGGGUUUUAGG